AGCAGCCAAUUCCUGUCCAGUGGCCAUAUUGAAAUCUCAAGUCUAUUAGGACUCUGAAGGUACUGGGUGGUUGUCUAACUGGAAGUCUUUAAAAUAUCGUCUAUUUAUACCAGAGGGAUUUGAGCCAGACAUUCCACCUGAGACCCUGCCUGUACUGGACGGCAAGUUGUCUCUGACUUUUGUGGGAAAAUGAGUCCAACCGAUGCUAAACGAGGUGCUAAACGCAGGAAGAACAAGCGGGGCGGUGGCAGCAGUAGCUGCAGUAGUACUGUCUGCAGUACCAGUGGCAAGGCCGGGGUUUCAGCCACGGACCUGAGUCUUCAAGCCACGGCAACACCCGUGUCUACCAUGGGCUUUCUGACAUCAGGGAGCUCUGGAAAUGGGAACAUGGGCUCUAUAACAGGCCUGAACGGAGAGGUCUCUAUGAACGGUAACGUUACACCACAGUUUUCGGAGGGGCCAGUGAAUUCCGACUUCUCUGGAGUCCUUCAGACCCCGUUCACAUUUGGCCUGAGCCAGAGGGCCCCAUAUUCCACCACCGGCGACCGCUGCCUCCUGUGCCGGAGUGAGCGCAAGCCAGACGGCACCCUCCAUCCUGACGCGAUGCUCCCCGGGGCGGGGCCGAACGGUAUGGCACAGCCCCCCAAGUCCCCCAGCGCUCUGCAGCUGCCCCUGUGGGUGUGCCCCGACUGCCGGCGCACGGUGGAGAAGGAGGACCGCCACGCCUCCCUGGAGCAGUCGCUGGUGAGCCAAGACUUCCUGUUGCACAUGCCUGUGGGUAACGGAGGCUUGGGCCAGGAGCUGCCCGCCGCAGGGGGCAGACUGACCAAUGGUGGCACACCCCCAACCCUCCCCACUCUCCCUGUCCCAGACCUCACCACCCCUAUGACCGCUGACACCGUGUGCAGUUGUGAGGCCUGCAACGAGAGACGGGAGGUUUCGGCCGAGUCAGAGCGUGAGUCCCAGCUGCUGCAGAACCACUGGUCGGAGGUACGCUACCUAGUGCGGUGCAUCUACCGCCAGACAGGCACGCCGCUGGCCGACGACCACGACCAGCCCCUUGACCGCGACAAGGAGGGCAUGAAGGAGCUGGUGGACAGGCUGUGCGAGAAGGACCCGUACCAGCUCUACCAGAGGCUGGAGCAGCAGGCCCGCGAGUAUGUCCUAGAAAUGAAGGUGCGCCUGCUCAAGCACCUGUCGACCGGCUCCAAGGCUGCGACGGCCGCCGCCCAGGGCCCCCCGCAGGCCCACCAGUUCAUCUCGCUGCUCCUGGAGGAGUACAGUGCCCUCUGCCAGGCUGCGCGCACCAUCAGCAGCUUCCUCCUCACCCUGGAGAACGAACACCUGCAGAAGUUCCAGGUGACGUGGGAGCUGCACAACAAGCACCUUUUUGAGAACCUGGUGUUCUCCGAGCCCAUCCUGCACAGCAGUUUACCUGCACUGGUUGCACAGCUGAGGCACGGCACGGCCUCCCACGACUCGUAUAGCGAGGACAUGUACAGGACCCUGCUGGAGAGCUACCAGCAGCUGGAGCAGGAGAUGGCCACCGUGGCGGCCGAGUGGCAGGAGUGUGAGAAGAGGAUUGACGACUACGUCGACGAACAGCUGCUUUUUAAGGUGGAGAACCAGAAUCUCACAAAUCAACGGACAGAACCACAUAAGUCUUUAAUUAGCAAAAAUACUUUGAAAACAAAACAACGGAUGCUGAAGGAAGACUGGGAAUUCUUUAAACAGAGGAGGUUUAUAGAAGAACAGUUAACCAACAGUAAGAAAUCUUUAGCUGGUGACAGUAACUUUACAGACACGAUGAGAAUGCUCUCCUCUCGUCUCAGCAUUCCAGACUGUCCAAAUUGCAAUUAUCGAAGACGAUGCACCUGCGACGACUGCAGCCUCUCCCACAUCCUGACGUGCGGCAUUAUGGACCCGCCCAUUGCCGAGGACCUCCACAUCAAGCUGCCGCUUCAGGCCACGGAGCCCCCACAGCACCGGGACUACCUGGCCGAGGUGCACCCCCCCAGUCUGUCCUCCGGGGGCAGCUCAGCCUCUGCUUCGGCCUCCAGCUCGCCCAUCACCAUACAGCAGCACUCGCGCCUCAUCCUGCCAGAAGGGGUCGCCACCACCUUUGGUAGCGAUGAGGACGAAGUGCCUCCGCUGUUGGGCAAGUUUGCAGACAUCUACCCCAUGGGGGGCUACGAGGACCCAGGGGUGGUGGCCAGGAUGAAUGGCCUGCACAGCGAGCUCAACGGUGGCGGGGAGAACAUGGCGCUCAAAGAUGAGUCUCCUGGAGGGAGCAGCAGCAGUAGUUCGUCGGAGGGUGACGAGGAGGCUGACGAGGAGAGCGGCGGGGAGCCUCCGGGCCAGCAGGGGGAGCUUUCGCCAGGGAAGAGCAACAGCCCUCCGCCCUUCUACCCACAGCAACAGGUGGAACAGCACGCCUGCGAGUGCCACGUGUGCAACCAGGACCUGUCCUCCUCCCUUGCCCCCCUGGGCCCCCCCCUCUCCCCCAGCCGGAUCCUCGCACCCCCCUCCGGCCACCACCACCAGUUCUUCACUGGGGGCGACAACCAGACCCCCAGUCACCCGGCCCUCCACCUCUACCCCCACAUCCACGGCCACCUGCCCCUGCAUAACCUCUCCCACCUGCCUCGGCCCCUGCUGCACCCCACACUCUACCCCAGCCCCCCCCUUUCACACAGCAAGCCUAUCCCCCUUGCCCCUACCUCGAGCCACACGGGGCCCAAGCAGCAGGCCUUCAGCCCCUCCCUACCGGACCACGUCUACCAGAACUGCUUUGGUGGCGGUGCUGGCGACUGGAACAGCUCGCUGCAGUGCCUCUCGCUCAAGUUCGAGAACAUCUGCGAUGCUGCCAUGAUGAAGAAUUGGAACCCAUCAGUGCUGCUGCAGGAGCCCCUGCCAGGGGACAUGCUGGGAUCACCCCAUCACCCUGAUGUGCCCCUCCCCCCUGCCCUCCUCCCACCCUCGCCGUCGGAGCAGCAACAGCCCCUGCCCAGGGAGAGGAAGAACGGCGCCAAGAAGAAGUGUCUCUACAAUUUCCAAGAUGCCUUCCUGGAGGCCAACAAAGUGGUGAUGGCCACCUCUGCCUCCACCGCCUCAGUCUCCUGCACGGCAACCACUGUCCAGUCAAGUGAUGUAUUUCACAAUAUAGGUAAAGAGGACCAUAGGCAACAACCUGGCCCCAUUGCCCCUAGGAAUAGCCCCACAGGCCUGGCCUCCCUCCCUCAGCUCUCAUCUGGCCCAGCUCUGCCUCCUGCCCCUGGCCCCACCGCCCAGCACCACUACCCCAGCAUGAGCUCGCAGCCCUUCCCAACGACUCCCACCCCGGCCCCAGGCUUCAUGGAGGCCCACCACCAGGGCAUGUGCUUGUCCCCAGCCGAGCCGCCUACCGCCGCCCCAGCCGACGGGGCCAUCAGCGCCCCGCCCAGCGUGUGCAGUGACCCCGAGUGUGAGGGCCACCGUUGCGAGGGAAACGGGGCGUACGACCACCAGGGCUACGACGGCGAGGAGAGCCAGGACGAGGACAGCUGCUCGGAGCACAGCUCUUCCACCUCCACCUCCACCAACCAGAAGGAAGGGAAGUACUGCGACUGCUGCUACUGCGAGUUCUUUGGCCACGGCGGGCCUCCGGCGGCGCCCACCAGCCGGAACUACGCAGAAAUGCGCGAGAAGUUGCGCCUAAGGCUGACCAAGCGGAAGGAGGAGCAGCCCAAGAGGGAGGAGCAGCCGGCCGUGGUGGAGCGCGACAGCGGCGCCGACUGCAUGGAGGACCACCGGCGGGUGGAGGACCUGCUGCAGUUCAUCAACAGCGCCAGUGACAACAAGCCCGCCUCCAGCUCCAAGGCUGCAAAGCGGGCCCGCCACAAACAGAAGAAGAUGGAGGAGAAGGUGCGUCUGGAGGCAGAGGCCCGCGAGCGGGAGGAGGAGCAGGUGCAGCAGCUCCUGGAGGAGGAGCAACGACGGCGGGAGGAGGAGGCCCUCCAACGGGAACUCCUCCGCCUGCAAGAGCUGCAACACCUCCGCUCCGCCAAGAAGAAAAAGGAGAAAGCCAAGGAGCUCGCCGCCCCCGUACCUCAGAACAACCCCCAGCCCCUCAAACAGACGGCCCAGAACGUCCUAGAGAACCUCCGCAACGGCAAGAGCCAGCUCCUGCAUAGCCUCAUGCGCCUCCCUGGCCACAAGGAUCCCAGAGUGGAGCACCAAGCCCAGCCCCGGCCUCCCCCCUCACAGCACAGUCCAAAGAACAGCAGGGAGAAAGCCCCUACUCUGGCCCCCUUCACCCCAAAUGCCUCCAACUCCCCAGCCCCCUUCCUUCUCAACGGCACCUCCGUCGCACCCCAACCGACGGAGGCCAAUGGCAAAGCCAAGCCAAAACAGCAGCAGCCAAUCAGGCAAACCGCCAGCGAGACAACGAUGGUCAAGAAAGCCCCAGAGGCGACCACCACUAACAAUACACCACAACUACCACCAGAUGUCAAAGUGACCCGGCCCAGGCUUCCCGCAGAAGACCCGGUCGUCCCUCUGGCACCUGGACCCAGGAAGGAGGAGAGGAACAACGGGAAAAGGCAGCACCAUCAGCAGUCGGCGAGCCAGGUGAAAGAUGAGAGGAGCCGACCCUUGUUGGAGCCCUCCCCACCGCCUGCCUCGCAGACGGAGCAGCCCCAGCAGAACGGCAAACCCCUCAGCGCAGAAUCUCCCCAGCCCAAGGCCAAGGCCAAGAAGAACAAGAAGAAGAAGGCCGACAAGACAAACAACUCAAUAGAUGACGUUUUCUUGCCCAAAGACAUUGAUCUGGACAGUACUGACAUGGACGAGACUGAGAGGGAGGUGGAGUAUUUCAAAAGGUUCUGCUUGGAUUCCGCCAGGCAGACCCGACAACGGCUGUCCAUCAACUGGUCCAACUUUAGCUUGAAGAAAGCAACGUUCGCCGCCCACUGAUGGGACCUCGCGUAGGACAAAGAAAAAGAGACUGUGGCAGGAAGCAAUCACCCCCCCCCCACCCCCCCACCCCCUAUUCAAACUGCUACCACAGACCCCGUCAUCCCGUAGCCCUGCUGUGCCCAAAUGGCGCACACCCACGCUGCCUUCGCCUUGUUCUUUGUUGCUGUGCGGUUCUACCAUGAACCCAUCCUCCAGUCUGAUCCUCAAGCAGAACUCUGAGAGAGAGAAAAAAGAUUACAUUAAAUGACACACACAAAAGAAUAAUCACAAAAUGCUACUUUCUACCUGGUUUUGUUUUUAUUGCUCGUUUGUGUGUUUUUGGUCUGAGGGGCAUUUCUCUUGACUUAAAAAGCCAUGUUCUGAAAUUCAUUUUCUCUUUUUUUUGCCUGACUCGUAGUCAAAAGAUCCUUACUAUGUAGGCCUUGUGAAAACAGACACACAUGGAAAAAAUUCUGAGGAAAAAAAGAUAUCUGAUGAAUUAAAGCCUUUCAUUCAGUUACUGUGGCUUACUAUCCCCUUGUUACCCACGAUUCCUAGCACGGCAUCUCAUUCAGAUAACUGACAAGGGAAUGAAUGGGCAUGGUCUGCCAUACUCUCCCCUGCCCCAAUAACUCUCACUUGACUGAGAGGAACUUGGCUUAGUACUUGACGACGUUCUUUUUUUAUUUUUUCAAUUUCAUUUAACAAAACCGAUAAGUAAGUGUACCAGUUACAGUUUUUAUUUUGUUUUCUUUCCUAUUUUUGACUUGUAUCCAGCUUGUAUCACAAUACUUUCAGAAUGAAAUUGAAGAAAAGAACAAUGCACACUAUCAAUCUGUUAUAGAGUGUAUAUUGUAUUAACACUGAAGCCAAACUGGCUACCUUUUAACAUAUUGUUAAGUAAUAUUAAAAUCUUAUCUUUCUUUUUUGAAAGAUGGAAUACAGUAGUAUGGCA